AUGUAUGGAAGGUGUAAACAGAGCGGCGAUGUCCCGGUGACCGCCAAAAGAGCUACGCUCGUCGAAAAUGAAAAAAAAGCACACGCACACACGCGCACACAAUACAUCUUUUUACCCCCAGGGAAGAGCGCAGCUGCCGAGCACAACAAUGAUACGGCCAUAUUACUUCUAUCAACCCGGGGCAAUCGGCACGUCGUAACCCGGCCGAGUGCGGUGUGCCGCUCGCCGCGUGUGCUCGUUCGCAACGCGCCGACUUCGCAAUUCGGCCGCGCUGCAAACGAUCGCGCGGCGUAUGGGCGCCCUUUGUCAAGUCACGCU